GGAAAUCUCUUUUCCAGAAAUUCAUUAAUAAUAAUUUAAUAAACUUACCAAAACCACUUCCUCUAUCUCUCUAUAAACAUCCUCAAAAUUCGACCGUUAACAAUCUUCUCCUUCUUCCUCCUCCUUAAUUCCUCCAAAUCAACAAAACCUUCUCUCUCUGUCUCUUCCUCUCCCUUAGCUCUCACAGAGAGAGUGGCCAUUCAACUACCAAGUUCUCAUUCUUCUUAUUCUUCUAUUGAUUCAAGAAAGAAAAAAAAGCACAAAAAUGGAGUCACCACAAACAAGAAAAUCAGGGCUUAAUCUCCCAGCUGGAAUGUCCAGCAUAACCUCCUUACGCCUCGAAACCCUUUCAACUCCACCUUCUUCCGCUUCACCUCGUGCAAUCUCGAAUCUCUCAUCAUCAUCCUCACCUUCAAAAACUUCUUCGUGUAGUGAUAGAUUCAUACCUUGUAGAUCCUCUUCAAGGCUCCACACGUUCGGGUUGAUCGAUAAACCGUCACCGGUUAAAGAAGGGAGUAACGAAGCUUAUUCGAGGUUGUUGAAAUGUGAGCUGUUUGGAUCUGACUUUGCUUCUCCUUCUUCUCCUGCAGGUUGUGGUGGUCCUGCUUCGCCUAUGAUGAGUCCUAGCAAGAAUAUGCUUCGGUUUAAGACGGAUCAGUCUGGACCUUCUUCGCCUUUUUCGUCGAAUUCGCCUUCGAUUUUUGGACAUCAUUCUGGUUUCUCUAAUGAGUCUGCUACUCCUCCUAAGCCUCCUAGGAAAGUGCCCAAGACACCCCACAAGGUUUUGGAUGCGCCUUCACUUCAAGAUGACUUUUACUUGAAUCUUGUGGACUGGUCCUCACAAAAUACUCUAGCAGUGGGGCUUGGCACUUGUGUUUAUCUAUGGAGUGCUUCAAACAGCAAAGUGACUAAGCUUUGUGACUUGGGGCCUUAUGAUGGUGUUUGUUCUGUCCAGUGGACCAAGGAGGGUUCUUUCAUAUCUAUUGGUACAAACCUUGGUCAAGUUCAGAUUUGGGAUGGUACUAAAUGCAAAAAGGUCAGAACAAUGGCAGGGCAUCAAACAAGAACCGGUGUCUUGGCAUGGAAUUCUCGGAUUUUGGCUUCAGGGAGUAGGGAUAGGAACAUACUUCAGCAUGACAUGAGGGUUUCAAGUGACUUUAUCGGCAAGCUUGUUGGCCACAAGUCCGAGGUUUGUGGAUUGAAAUGGUCAUGUGAUGAUAGGGAACUUGCUUCUGGUGGUAAUGAUAAUCAGCUGUUGGUAUGGAAUCAACACUCUCAGACACCAACUUUGAGACUUACAGAGCACACAGCUGCUGUGAAGGCUAUUGCUUGGUCGCCUCACCAGAGCAACCUCCUUGUGUCUGGAGGUGGAACUGCUGAUAGGUGUAUUCGCUUCUGGAACACUACAAAUGGCCACCAAUUGAACUCGGUUGACACUGGAAGCCAGGUUUGUAACCUUGCUUGGAGUAAAAAUGUAAAUGAGCUAGUAAGUACUCAUGGUUACUCGCAAAAUCAAAUCAUGGUGUGGAAAUAUCCAUCACUAUCAAAGGUUGCAACUCUAACUGGUCACAGCAUGAGAGUACUAUAUCUUGCAAUGUCUCCUGAUGGUCAGACAAUAGUGACUGGUGCUGGCGAUGAGACUCUGCGGUUUUGGAAUAUUUUCCCAUCAAUGAAAACACCUGCCCCAGUUAAAGAUACAGGCCUUUGGUCACUCGGCCGCACCCAAAUUCGAUGAUCCAUAAUGCAAGAAGGAAUUGAUUCUCUUGUUAUUUACUAAAAGGGCAUGGAGUUGUUUAUACGAUUUGUUUUGUAAUUACAUGAUUUUUUUCUGUAUAUGAGAUAUUACACAUUGACACUGACAUAUACCAAAUACGAUUAUACGAGCAUAAUAAUCCUACAAACUGUAAAGUUAAAGUUUUUCAUUUAAAGUUCUUCAUUGUGUUACCAUGUACUUCAAUAUCAAAUUAUAGUUUGGACGUGAUUCAAUUUAGUCUCAAACAUAAUGAAAAUAUUGUUUACUGUUGUUGGU